AUGGAAAGCGAUGAGCAAGAAGCUGUGCCAUCACGCGAGCAGGCGAAGGCGGGCGACCCGGUGUUCGCCUCGGACAGCGCGGAUACCGCGGAUCGGCAUUCUCAGGGGUCGGGCGGCGGCAGCAGCAGCGGGGGUGCAGCGAGCAGCUCCGCGUGCGCUGCCGCAGCUCCCACGCGCCCCGCGUCUCUCGCCACGGACCCUGCUGCCGCCACGGACCGUGCCGCCGCCACUGCCUCCGCGCCUGUCGGGGGGCCUGCAGGAGCAGCGCGCGGGGACGAUAGUGCAGGAGGGGGGAGGGAGCAGGCAGAAGAGGCGGGGGAGGCGGGGGAGGAGGUUGAUGAGGGAGAGGAGGGGGAGGAUGGGGAGGAUGGGGAGGAGGGGGAGGAAGGGGGGGAGGGGGAAGUGCGUCGCACGUUGUGGUUUCCGUUGAACGUGGUGGCGGCGGCGGCGUCCGCAGUGGCGCAGAGCCGGGUGGCGCGCAUGGUGGCGGCGUGGCCGCUGUGGCAGCAGAGGCGGCGCCUGCGCCAGCUGCUGGAGGCGGCGGACAGCAGCCCGGGGGACGCGCGCAGGCAGGCGGAGUACCUGGCUGAGCUGCUGCGCGCCGAUCCCGGGGCGGUGGUGCAGCGCUUUGAGGCGCGGCAGCACGCGGUGGACGCGGAGGGCGUGGCGGUGUACCUCAGGGCGCUCGUCGCCACCGACCGCCUCUCCUCCUUCCUCCCCUCCAACCACAAUGCCCGCCCUUCGUCCCUCCCUUUACUUCUGGAGGAUCUGAAGCAACGCGCCACGUCAGACGAGGGCCAGCUGGGGCUGCCACCUGGCACCACGGAGCAGACGCCCCUGCAUGUUGUGAUGGUGGAGAGGGAGGCCAAGCCGCUGUCUCGUGGGCUGCGCUGGCUGCAGGAGCUGCUCUCCGCGCUGCUCGCCUGCUUCUUCGGCCUCCUCAUCUGGGCGGCAGCAACAACGGCGUUGAGGCGCUACGCCAGUGGAGUGGCGGGCAUGGGAGGCGCGGGGGUGGCAGGCGGGCCAGCAGCGGGCAUGGGGGCGGGCGGGGCGGGCGUGUACUCGCCGAAGGAGUACAACAAGGAGAACAUGCCCGAGAAGAGUGUGCGCACGUUCAAGGACGUGCGGGGGUGUGACGAGGCCAAGGCAGAGCUGGAGGAGAUCGUGGAGUACCUGCGCGACCCCGACCGCUUCACCCGCCUCGGUGGCAAACUGCCCAAGGGGGUGCUGCUGAUCGGCCCGCCAGGCACGGGCAAGACGCUUCUUGCCAAGGCGAUAGCGGGCGAGGCGGGGGUGCCGUUCUUCUACCGCGCCGGCUCCGAGUUCGAAGAGAUGUUUGUGGGAGUGGGGGCACGGCGGGUGCGCACCUUGUUUCAAGCGGCCAAGAAAAAGGCGCCGUGCAUAGUGUUUAUAGAUGAGAUAGACGCGGUGGGGGGCAGUCGCAAGCAGUGGGAGGGGCACAGCAAGAAGACGCUCAACCAGCUGCUCGUUGAGAUGGACGGCUUCGAACCCAACGAGGGCAUAAUAGUGAUGGCGGCCACCAACGUGCCGGACAUGCUCGACCCCGCCCUCACCCGCCCCGGCCGCUUUGACCGUCAUGUGGUGGUGUCGGCACCGGACGUGAGGGGCAGGAGGGAGAUCCUGGAGCUGUACCUGGAGGGCAAGCCGCUGCACGCUGAUGUGGACGUCGCCACGCUCGCCAAGGGCACUCCCGGCUUCAGCGGCGCAGACCUGGCGAAUCUGGUGAACAUGGCGGCGGUGAAGGCAGCGUUGGACGGCGUGGCGGCGGUGGGCAGGGAGCAGCUCGAGUUCGCCAAAGACAAGAUCCUCAUGGGCGCUGAACGCCGCUCCCUCGUGCUCUCACAGACCUGCCGUAAGAACACGGCGUACCACGAGAGUGGGCACGCGCUGGUGGCACUGCACACGCCGCACGCGCUGCCCAUCCACAAGGCAACCAUCAUGCCGCGCGGGGCCGCGCUGGGCAUGGUCACGCAGAUGCCCGACGACGACUUUGAGACGAGCCGCACGCGCGCGCAGAUGCUGGCACGGCUGGACGUGUGCAUGGGCGGGCGCGUGGCGGAGGAGCUGGUGUUCGGCGUGCAGCACGUCACCAGCGGGGCAAGGGACGACCUGCGGCAGGCCACGCGGCUGGCGCGGCAGAUGGUGCGCGAGUGCGGCAUGAGUGACAAGCUGGGCCCGGUGUUCAUUGAGAGCGACGGCGCGGGGGAGGGGCGUGUGAGCGGCGAGGUGCUGCGCGUGGCGGAUGCUGAGGUGGCACGGCUGCUCCGAGAGGCGUAUGCCCGCGUCACCACCCUCCUCAAGCAGCACGAGCAGCAGCUGCAUGUGCUGGCGGGGGCGCUGUUGGAGCGCGAGACAAUGACAGCCGACGACAUCAAGAAGCUCCUCGCCUCCCCUGCCACUGCCGCUGCCGUCUCCCCCACCGCCACUGCUUCUGAUGGCGAUGAUCUGUCCAGGCCACUCACCCCAGCAGACCUCCAAGCACUCCCAUCUGCUCUCUCUGCAGCGCCUGCUGCUUUCUCCGCUGCCUCACCUCCCUCCCACGACUCUGCUGCACCCGUGCCUGGCUUGACCUCCCCUGCUGCCUGCUGA